UGUGUGAUAAGUGUACGCCGAGAGCGCGUUUGAAAAGCGCAAUCACUGAAAAAACACUCGUUCUCUCUUCAUCUCUCUCUCUAUAAAUUAGCCAGCGGAUUGUUCCCAAAUAGUCAGUUUGUCUCUUGACUUCGUGUAGUGAACUGUGUGAGAUUUUCCCACGGGGAGACUCUCUACGGAGGGCCCCCGCGGGGACGUUUGUGCGAUGUAUUCCAGGGAAAAUUCGUUUUCCACAUGCUGGAUAAAGAGAAUCGUGAAUAAAAGUGACACCGUGCAAAGAUGUAUCUAACUAUUGCUGUUGCCCUUCUUGUUGUGUACUCCGGGGUGCCUUCAAGUGGAGCAUCGGGAAUCGCUGAAGAAGCCUCCCAUUUGGACAUGCUACAGUUUUGGCAGACUUGCAAGCAUGAGGCGGAAAUUAAGACGUUGAUCGUGAAGGCUGCAAUUGGCGAGAGAAUCAUCUUCGCCAAUCACUCCAAUCUUACAAUUCAAGAGUGUUACAAUCGCCUCAGACACCACACAUUCCUCUGGAUCGAUGCGCAAAUGCUCAAUCACAGUGUGGAGAAGAGCUUCAUUUUGGUGAAAAGGACGCAAUAUGAGAAACUGAACUUGGACAUGAAUCCGCCUAAACUGUACGCACUGACUAAGAGUGCGCGAAGGUGGAAAUUGAUGCUUCUGCUGGAAGUCCAGCCGAAGAUCAUGCGUGUCUUGAAUGUGACCAAGGAGACCUUCUGGAAAAGAGAGGAAAAUGCAUUUGUCAAGAAUUACAAUUAUAGUCUCAUCAGUAACGAACAGAAAAUCGAGCUGAAGCAUCGCAGGCGGAUUUGUCUGGACUUCGGUGGGUUCGCAAGGUUGAAUGCCACAGGAGACAUCCGCAUCAGAGAUUUGCGAAAGACUCUUUGUCGCAGGGAAUUGAUUAGAAUUAGAUUUCCCAACGAAGGACUGGAGAAGAAUGGACAAAUAUCUGGAGUCUCAGAGAUUGUGGCCAACAAAGUUGAGGUGGAAAUUCAAAUCCACACAAGCCAUAAUACAUCAGAAUCAUUAAUCCUCUCCGCACUCAUGACUGAGACCAAUAUAAAGAUAAUCAAGCCGAUAAUGACAAUAAAUUAAUGUUUAAUUUUACAUAGAUUUGUUGUAUUAUUAAUUUUUCCAAUCUGUAUUCAUUUUAUGGUUGAUAUUAAAUAAAGAGUUCUGGAAGCUUCUACGCGAAGUGUUUCUUUCGCAUUUUUGCGUAAUUUUCAGAUUUCAUGAGUUAAUUUCAUUUAUACAAUAAAAUAAGAAA